GUGCUGUGUGGGCGGCUACACAGCAGACAUUACUUGGCGUUACUUUGAAACUACACCUACAUGCGGCUUUGUAAAUAUCGUCAUCUGCGCUUCUACUAAGGACGCUUGUGGAGGCAUCCCAAUGUUCAGCAUGGCAGGCUGUGGAGAAGUGGACUGUUCAGUGAGCGACCCGGCUCCCUCCAAGCAAAUAGGAGAUAACUGUUAUACAGCUGGCUCCACCUCUACCUCCACCCUAGAGUGUGCCAUCUGCCUGCAGAACUGCGUCCACCCUGUACGUCUCCCUUGCUGCCAUGUCUUCUGUUUCCUGUGUGUGAAAGGUGCCUCCUGGCACAGCAAGCGCUGCGCUCUCUGCCGGCAGGAGGUCCCAGAGGACUUUCUGGAGCGGCCAGUUCUCCUCUCACCUGAGGAACUAAAAGCAGCAGCCGCUGGGGUGAGCCGAGGUGGAGUCACGGGGAGUGGUUCCCGUGGGGACUAUGCAUGGUACUAUGAGGGACGCAAUGGCUGGUGGCAGUAUGAUGAGAGGACCACCCGUGAGUUGGAGGAGGCCUUUGCCAAAGGGAGGAAGAGCAUAGAGAUGCUGAUUGCAGGUUUCCUAUAUGUGGCAGAUCUGGAGAACAUGGUGCAAUAUCGACGAAAUGAGCAUGGCCGCAGACGCAAGAUAAAGAGGGACGUUGUAGAUAUCCCUAAGAAGGGGGUGGCAGGACUGAGGUUAGACCCUGAACCCAUCCCUGCUUUACCAGUACCAGUCACCCCAUCAGCAAUAGAACGUGUCAGUUCAGCUGAUGGAUCAGACAUUGCAGGCCAAUCACAGCCUAUGACCUUUGGGAUUUUGGUGUCUGCUCCCCCUGUUAGACCUCCAACACUCCUAGGGCGCCAUCUCACCAGUCCUCCAUCUUCCUCACCCUCAACCUUGGAAGAGUCUUUAUCCCAGCUUACAAUCAGCCAGCCGGAGGGCGGAGAGUUGGAAGAGGACAAUGAGCUUCACAAUCAGACGUACGAGUACACAUCCGGCAGCAGUGAGAGUGAGGAGGAAAGGCAAGAAUUGGGGAGAGGCAGAGCAGAAUCGAUGCCAUGGCGACAUAGGCAAAGACCGCUAAGAGACACCCAGCCAGCUAGAAUGCCUCCAAGGGGCGGACCGUCCACCUCUGCACUCAGUCUCCGCUCACGUAGCCCUGAUGGACAGUGUACUGUGACAGAAGUGUGACCAUGAUGGACAGCUGUGCUGUUCUUAUACAGAUGACAGAUCUUAAACUAUUGUCAGUUCAGCAAAAAAAGUGUGAAAGCACUUAUGCAUAUUUAAAAGGUCCCAUGAAAUGCAAAAACGACCCCCCCCACACACAUCUAUCAUAUGAUCUAAAACUGCAUUUCAUCCUUUUUUAUCUGGAAAGUUAAACCUUAACUUUAUUAGGGAUCUUGCUGACCUUCAUUUCCAUAACUUGCAGAGGUAACUAGCAGUAGUGGCAGUGACAAGGGUUAUAUUUUGCAAAAACAUAAUUGACAGCUCUCUCCACUACUAAUAUAUAAACCUGGCACCGGGAUAAAAUCAUGUCCCUCAUUGUUGUCCUUGCUUUUGUCCUCCACUUGCAUGUAGGUCAGGCAUGUCCAAACUAUUCCACAAAGAGCCAUGAGGUUGCAGGUUUUCAUUCCAACAAAGCAGGAGCACACCAGGCUUGACUGAUUUUAUCAACUGAUCUCAGGCUUCAGACAGUUGAUUGAUCGAAUCAUGUGUGCUCACAGCCCUUUAUUGAAUAGUUUGGAUAUGCCUGAUGUAGGUGAAAGGUGAACACCUGAAACCAUAAGAAAAAGUUACAAUCUUAAAGCUGUUUCAAAGGACCUUUUUAAUAGGUGAAUUAAUGCCUUUCAUUAAAAAUAUCAAAAGCUAGUUUUAGCCAGCAAUAUGUGGAAACUGUAUGCAUCGCCCUCAGCCACAGGUUAUGUUGUAACGCAUUAAAAAAAAAACUCUGUUUCCAGGAUAAUACAUGUGACAACUUCUUGAGCAAUGUCGUCCAACAACGACUAUCUGUCACCGCCUUUACUCCAGUAUAUGAGUGCAAUACAGCCUUGUUGAAACUAAAUGACAUCUUCAUUGUUUUGUAAUCUUUGGAGCUUAUUGUUGAUGCGGCUGAUAUUUUUGUAAGUUUCUUUUUUUCUAUUUGGAAGUGAUGGUGUAAAGAUCAAGCUUAAAUGUAGCACCUCAUGUACUACUUAAAGUACUGAGGGUAAAAAUGGCCUCCUUAUUUGCUGUUAAGGUUUUUUGAAGUUAACUUUAAUCAGCACCUAAU